AUGGCGAAUCGCAAAAGGAAACACGACGGUGGUGCUGCAGGCAAUCAGCGAUAUUCACCAGUGCCUUCCUCCGAGGAUGUGAGACUGCCAAAAGAAGUCAUAGCUGGAGGACCUGUCGAUUGCACUGUCGAGUGGCCAGGAUAUUUCGAAGACCUAGAGAAAGUCCAUGGUGCCCUAAACUUAGUUUUUACGUUCUGCUGUUCGCGCAAACACGUUAUCACCACGUUUGACAAUAUCAAGGGUGCUGUCCAGACCCAUAUCGGACGGCCACUCACCGUUGAGGAUGUCGCUACUGUAACAGCAGUCCGACCAGACACCAUCAACUUCUCAUAUGCCAAUGAAGCAAUGCUACAUACGAACAUUAGAGGCUGUGAAAGGGAUACCGUCUUUAAGCAGAAUCCAUCCCAAAGAAUCACCUCCCAAGGCCCACCAGCGGACGCUUCCGUGGGUGGCGUUACAGGCUUGGGUAAUUUUGGUCAGGUCGGCGUUGAGGGUGAUGAAGAUGUUCUCUACUUCGAGUUUACGGACGAAGAUCCGCAGCCCAAUAAGCGAGGCCGAUCACAGCCUCGCGGUGGUCGACGGCCGGGGUUACAGAACCUAAGAUUACCGACCUUCGAUCCCGGUCAACUAGCCCAUUUAAUCGAACGACGUAACGCGAAGUUCCACCUCUCCUUGAGCGCCUUCCUCGCACAAUGCAUUGAUGAUAACCUAGAUCCUAUCCAAACGCUCAAGGAACGAGCCUUGCAGUAUCUCCCGGUACCACCGAAAUCCGUGAAGCCAAGUUUGCACGGCCUGAUAACCACUGCUGCGAACACAGUACCGCAGAAGCGGAUAUCAAUUCCGAAAAUCAUUGCAGAGCUGAAAUCAAGCUCUUUCUAUUCCGGUCAGAUCGUGCCUAGCAGCCAUCGAGUCUUUGAGCCGCAAGCUGCUGUCUAUGGUGACUUGGACUUCCUACUUAGCCAGAGUCUUGUCAAUGCCCUCUACAACUCGAGAGGAAUUGUGCAGUUUUACUCACACCAAGCAGUCGCAUUAAACUACCUGCAUUCCGGGAAGAAUGUUGUAGUCGCAACUUCAACUAGUUCGGGAAAGUCUUUAAUUUACCAGCUACCUAUCCUGCACGCCUUAGAGCAGGACCGCUCAUCUCGAGCCAUGUUUAUUUUCCCUACCAAGGCCCUUGCCCAAGAUCAAAAACGAAGCCUGCAAGAAAUUCUGAAUUACAUGCCGGGCUGCGACGGCACGCGAGUCGGGACCUUAGACGGAGACACACCCUUCUUAGAGAGGGCGUUCAUCAGAGAAAAUGCCAACGUUAUCUUUACCAACCCCGACAUGCUCCAUGCGACGAUACUUCCCAACGAGGAGCGAUGGAGGACAUAUUUUCGAAACUUGAAGUACGUCGUGGAUCCAGCAGACCCCAGCAGCGGUCGGGGGAACUCGAUGAUGGAAUGCUCUCGCCUCCUCUGCGAACUUAUUCUUCGUGGUGUGCGUACCAUUGUGUUCUGCAAGACGCGGGGCCGCUGUGAGGCUCUUGUUGGCGCUGUCAGAAAUGAUUUGGAACAACUGGGACGUCCAGAAGUGUCAGGACGGGUAAUGGCAUACCGAGGAGGCUACACAGCCCAGGACCGUCGCAAAAUAGAGGCCGACAUGUUCGACGGUAAGCUUCUUGGCAUUGCUGCUACUACAGCUCUUGAGUUGGGCAUGGAUAUUGGUACUCUAGACUGUGUCUUGACUUGGGGAUUUCCUUACACUAUUUCAAACCUGCGCCAGCAGAGCGGCAGGGCUGGUCGGCGUAAUGGGGAUUCCCUCUCGAUCCUACUUGGCGAUCCGUUACCAUCCGACCAGUACUACAUGCGGAACCCCGAUGAUCUCUUCUCAAAGCCAAACGCCGCGCCUCAAAUCGAUCUUGAAAACAUCCUCCUGCGCGAAGCCCACAUCCAGUGUGCUGCACACGAGCUACCCAUUCAACUGGAAAGGGAUGCUGCCUACUUUGGAGCUGAUCUCGAACGAAUAUGCCGGGAUCACCUAAUCAUCGGUGAUGGUGGUUUUUAUCAUUGCCAUGGCCGAUUUCUCCCAUCUCCAUCAAGCUUUGUCUGCAUUCGAGGCUCGGGAGAACAACAUUUCGCCAUCAUUGAUACGACGGGUGGAAAGAAUGAAGUUCUAGAAGAUUUAGAGAUCUCGAGAGCGACAUUUACAAUCUAUGAUGGCGCCAUUUAUCUUCACCAAGGAGAUAAAUAUCUCGUGCGGGAUUUCCAACCAGACAGACAGAGGGCCCUAGUCGAGUUAGUUAAGGUCAAUUGGACGACUCGACCAAGAGACUUUACUGAUAUAGAUCCUGUCGAAACUGAGGCCAUUCGGAAAUUGGAGGGUUCGCCUUGCCACGCCUUCUACGGGACUGUUAAAAUUACGCAAAAGGUUUUUGGAUUUUUCAAGGUGGAUCAGCGGGGGCGUCUCCUAGACGCAAUUUACGUCGACAACCCACCCGUAGUAAGGGCCCGCAAGCUUAACCCUGCAGCCUCGAUCCACGCCGCCGAGCAUGCCAUCUUAAGCAUGGUAUCCACAGUCGUUCCCACCCUUCCUGGUGACGUCAGGACCGAAUGCAAAGCAGCGAAGAAGGAGUUCGCGAAGAAGGAGUUCGCGAAGAAGGAGACAUCGAGGAAACGACCUGGCCGACUAACUCUAUACGAUGCCAAUGGAGGUCCCGCUGGCUCCGGGAUCUCUUCCUGCGCUUUCAAUCCCAUCCUUGCUGCCAUGGAUCCUACAAGGCGCCGCGAGCUAAGAAUUUUGAAUGCGAAAGCCUGGGACGGUGAUCAGGAUGUAUUUCCCACUAGCUCUUCGCUAGAUUCGUCACUGAAGAAAAACACGGCGUUAAUCAAGCGAUUACGGACUGCUAUAUCCCCCGCCACUCUUAAUACAUUUGUGCAAGAUAUCCGGGGCCUCAGCCUUCACAAAUACCUCUCCGAGAUUAUCUCGGCCUGUUACGAUGGUCUUUGCAAACUUAAGUCGCCUGGCGAGGUAGAAGCUGGUGUCGAGAUCGUGAGCGCUUUUCAUCAGCGAUUCGGCCCUCACGAGUUCACGAAGCAAAUUGGGUGGCUUCUCGGAAAGGGCCUAGCUACGCCCGACAGGAGUGUACUAAAGUCGCUCGCUCAAGACUUGCGUGAAAGGGAAGAAAAGGAUCGUGCCUCGCGUCAACGCAUACUCCUUCGCGUUGUCACAGAGUUGUGGCUAGUCGGCGUUCUAAAAACUCUGGAUGACACUGCUCGGCCAGAUGAUGGGAUCAAGGGCACAGGGCCCAAGACCGACCUCAAGGCGAAAAACGGCGUUACUGCCAAACUUGGGGCGGGCGAACCCUUUCCACUCGAAGUUCUGAAAGACAUCCUCGGACAUGAUCGUGAGCAUGCAAGUCUGCCCUUGCUUGUCACGUUUGUCAAGACCUUCAGUUGGGAUAUUUUGGGAGUCCAGUCGACAGGCACCGAGGGGCGCAGGGUUAUCGAGGAGGAUGCUAGUUCAAAAGAUCUCGUCACCCCAAAAGCUCCCCCUAGCGAGUCUGAAGCCUCUUCGGACAUUCGUGGAGAAGGCCCCUUCUCUCCCCCAGAACUUCGCGACGCGUUUAGGUCUGUGCUACUGAAGUAUUUUGAAGACGUCAAGCGCCAUCUCGUCCGUGACCACAAAUUCCUUCAGGAACAAGCCAGGAAGAAUGCCGAGGUUUACGUCAAGUCGGGAGAAGUGUUUGAGGAUCGACAGGCUGCCUACGAGAAGCAUGCCAAAGCCCAGGAGCGCUUAUUGUCUAAUGCUCAGGUCAUUGCAGACGUGAUUGGCUGCGAAAUGCCAAAUCUCAAGGAUCGGGAAGAAGGGGGCCAAACCAUGUCUGGAUCUAUCGGUCUUGUAAAGGCCGGUGAAUAUCUUCGGUCUCUCGGGGAUGGUGCUGGUAUCUGGUAUGACGAGGAUGAGCGGCGCUUCUACGAAAAUUUAGUCGACUUGAAAGGGAAGGUCCCUGCCAUUCUUCUCGAGGAUGUUAAGAAAAAGCGACCUGAUUCAGACGAGACAGUCAUCAAGAAAGCGGACCAAUGUGAGGUCACCGGUUCGACUAAGUCCACCGAUGGUGCGGAUGAACAGUCGACGACUAUCGGAAACAAGACGAUUGGCGCCCAAGUUGAUGCUCUCCUGGGCCGCCUUCCUGACUUGACGAGUAAAGAUCUUGUCGACCAGUCUGCCAUAGAUUUCUGCUUUUUGAACUCGAAGGCCUCGAGGAACCGUCUGGUCAAAGCUUUAACAGAGGUCCCGAAGGGACGUAAUGACCUUUUGGCAUGCUGGUCAAGACUGAUUGCAACUCUGGGCCAGUACAUGCCAGACAUUCCGAAGGGAGUUGUCGAUUAUCUCGAUGCUGAGUUCCGCAGCCUUCAACGUCGUAAGGAGAAGGACUUCCUAGGCCAGGUUCGGCUUAACAACAUCAGAUACCUUGCGGAGCUCACUAAAUUCGGCAUCGUACCCGAGCAUGUCAUCUUUCACUGCCUCAAAGUGAGCCUCGACGAUUUCUCCCGCAUGAAUAUCGAGAUAAUGUGCAACCUGCUUGAGCACUGCGGUCGGUAUCUCUUUCUCAAUCCCGAUACAGCGCCGCGGAUGGCGAGUUUCCUCGAGACGUUGCAGCGGAAGAAGUCGGCGCAACAUCUUGGCCAGCCCGAACGCAUGCUCAUUGAAAACGCCAUGUACCACGUCAACCCCCCUGUCCGGCCAGCUAUAGAGCAAAAGGAAAGGACGCCCAUGGAGCUGUUUAUUCGAAAAUUGGUUUAUGUUGAUAUGACGAGAAGAAAUUACACAAAAGUUUUGAAGCAGAUUCGACGACUGCAUUGGGAAGAGCCCGAGGUCGUACAUAUCCUCGAGAAAGUCUUCUCCAAACCUGGAAAGAUAAAAUAUGGAAAUAUCCAUCUUCUUGCCAUCCUCCUAAGCGCCCUUUAUCGAUACCACCCUUCAUUUGUCAUACGGGUGGUAAACCUGGUCCUGGAAUCCAUUUCCUUCGGUCUUGAGCAGAAUGAUUUCAAAUUUUACCAGAGACGAAUUGCCGAUGUUAGGUUUCUUGGGGAGCUGUACAACUACCGCAUGCUCGAACAUCCAGUAAUCUUCGACACUAUGUAUCGGAUUUUAACUUUUGGGCAUGGGGGUGUCCCCAUCACAGGAAAAGUUAAUCCCUAUGACCUGCCGGGUGAUUUUUUCCGUAUUAGGCUGAUCACUACUCUUCUUGAAACCUGCGGAAUGUUCUUCAACCGCGGAGCUGCUGGGAAGAGGCUAGAUAUCUUCCUAUCAAUGUUCCAGUAUUAUAUUUACACCAAAGACACUCUGCCGAUGGAUAUUGAGUUCAUGGUGCAAGAUAUAUUUGCGUUGACUCGUCCCCAGUGGAGGCUGGCCGCUAAUCUUGAAGAUGCCGUAGCCACUCUCCAGUCGGCUUUGUCUGACCAGCAGAAGAUGCUAGCGACUGAUAGAAUCACUGAAAUUGAAGAGCGCAGCUCAACCUACGACUCCGAGGAUGAUAAUGCAGACGGCGACAUUUACUCCUCAUCCAGUGAGGAGGAAGACCUUGAACAGAACCCCCUAGAGGGACUUGAUUCUCCCCAGGAAUCGGAUUUCCAGGAAGAAGCAAUUGUUGUGACCCGUCAAGCAGAAGAGGUCGACCCAGAAGAUGCUGCAGACUUCGAACGGGAAUUCAGCCGAAUGAUGGCAGAGAGCCUAGAGUCUCGGAAAUUCGAAAGAAAACCUCAGUUCGACGUGCCCGUCCCGAUUCGUGCCAAGAAUCGUGAUCUUACGAAGUUGGACGAAGGCACCGCGGUCAACUCAGAAUCGACCUCUGGAACAAUGGCAUUCUCUCUUCUUACCAAAAAGGGAAAGGGCCAACAGACUCGCACCGUGGAACUCCCCUCCAACUCAGGGUUUGCCGUGGCAAUGCGAAACCAGCAGCAGGCCGAGCGAGAAGAGCAGCAGCGUAUCAAAAAUCUCGUGCUGAACUAUGAAAUCCGAGAGAACGAGGACCAAGAUACCGCAGACGAUAAACCAUCAACGUAUCAUCAAAUUGCCGCUAGGAAGCAGGGGAAAGAAAAGGUCGGCCAGAGGACCCGAAAACUCCAGCUCAGUGACGUGGAAUGGUAG